UUUUUUUUUUUUUUUUUAAUUGUGUUGCACGCGGCCGCCAGGGGAGGUUUGGACCGCGCAUCGCGGCGGCGGCGGCGGCGGCGGCGGCGGCCGAGGUCGGGCCGGGCGGCUCAACUGGCGCAACCCGCCGCCACCGAGGUGGUGAUGGGCAAGGAGGAGGAGAUUGCGCGGAUCGCCCGGAGGUUGGACAAGAUGGUGACCAGGAAGAGCGCGGAGGGAGCCAUGGAUUUGCUGCGGGAGCUGAAGGGCAUGCCAGUUACAUUACACCUGCUCCAGUCCACCCGUGUUGGGAUGUCUGUCAAUGCCCUGCGGAAGCAGAGCUCGGACGAGGAGCUCAUUGCACUGGCCAAGUCCCUCAUCAAGUCCUGGAAGAAGCUCUUGGGUGCUGGUCAGAAUGUAAAGGGUGAUGUUUCUGAUGGCAAGACCAGGGAUCAAGGGAAGGGCACGCCUCUGCCCACAUCGUCCUCAAAGGAUGCCUCAGGGACUGCGGAUCUCAGCUGCAAGAAGCCAGACCCACCUAGGACCUCAUCCACUCCGAGGAUCACCACAUUUCCCCCAGUACCCAUUACCUGCGAUGCUGUACGAAACAAAUGCCGUGAAAUGCUGACUUUGGCCCUGCAAACGGAUCAUGACCAUGAGGCCGUUGGUGUAGACUGUGAGCAUCUGUCAGCUCAGAUCGAGGAGUGCAUCUUCCUGGACGUGGGAAACACAGACAUGAAGUACAAGAACCGUGUGCGGAGCCGAAUCUCCAACCUGAAAGAUGCCAAGAACCCUGACCUGCGGCGGAAUGUGCUGUGUGGUGCCAUUACACCCCAGCAGAUAGCUGUGAUGACAUCAGAGGAGAUGGCCAGUGAUGAGCUGAAGGAGAUCCGUAAGGCCAUGACCAAGGAGGCCAUCCGUGAACAUCAGAUGGCCCGGACAGGUGGCACACAGACCGACCUGUUCACCUGCAGCAAGUGCAGAAAGAAGAACUGCACCUACACGCAGGUGCAGACUCGCAGCUCGGAUGAGCCCAUGACCACUUAUGUUGUCUGCAACGAGUGUGGGAACCGCUGGAAGGUAGGUGGGUGGGCCCAGAAUGCUCACCUCCAGUCCUGUCUCAGAAUAUAUUGGACCUGAAGUAGGAACCAGGGCCCACUGUACCGAUAGCCUCCUGGGAGUCUCUGGGGAGGAACCCCAUGCCUGUCCAUCCUGUUACUGCCCUGGGGGGGUGGUGUGUGUCAUGUGGGGCCUUGGCCAGACACUUCCCUACCUUCCUGCAGUUCUGCUGAACCCUUGUACGUACUGAUGUGUUGUAGUCCUGGCCAUGGCUAGCAUUGCCCCCUCCUGCAAUGUUCUUGGACACAGCUUCUCUGGAGAUCCCCAGAAGGUGGCAUGCCCUGUCCCAGCCUGCCUGCCUGGUGUGCACUUUUCUGCCCUUUGUCCCUCAUUAUUAAAUGUUUUCUUUUGCCUUC